AUGGAAAAUUUAAAUUUUAAUAAAAAACAAACAAAACUUUCUGCUACUGGAAGACCAGUAGCAACACCAAGCAGAAGACUGCAAACCUCGAGUGGUACCUCCAACUCCACUUCCAAUGAACUUAAAAUCUCGUCGCAAAUACCUUCUGGAAGCAGAAAUACUGCAUCUACCAGUCGCAUCUUGGCCAAAUCAAGCAACAAAGAGGCUUCCAAACCGGACCAAGUGUCUAAAAGACAAAGGUCUCAGGAGGAAGAACCCCCUCUUACGAAAAAACCAAGAGGUUACAAUGUACUGGUACGACCGUACAGUGAGGUUGCGAAGGACAAUCUCAUUAUAGGUGUCCUGGAUAGGAGUGCCGAGAAGGGGAGAAUCCCCAAAGACAAAUGGAAAUGGGUGUCGGCCGCGCUGGCAGACAUCUUCCUCCAAGUUUUGGAAGAAAACCCAGGACCUGCUCCCUCCUGCGAAGACGCGGGUUGGCACCAAGGACAAGUGAAAUUGGUAGCUUGCAAGGAUGCGAGAUCGGUUGCCUUGUACAAGGCAGCUGUCUCUAAAGUAGGAGAAAUCUGGCCUGGAGCCAGACUUGAAGCGGUAGACAAGAAGGAUAUUCCAUCUCGUCCUAGGGCCAGGGUUUGGAUUCCAACUAAACAAACUGACCCGGAGCAAAUUCUGAAAAUAAUCAGGAUCUGCAACCCCAACCUUCCAACUGGAAAUUGGAAGGUGGUAAAAUUAGAGGAGCCUGUUGGACCGACCAGACAAGCUGUCCUUGUAUUAAAUGCGGAGUCAUUGAAACCGCUCACCGAAGCUAAAUACGUAAUCUCCUAUGGCUUUGAGAAACUAAAUCUGAAGGUCUAUCGUACCGAUGCCACGGAAGAACCGGAGAAGAUUACGUCUGCUCAGCCCUUGCUGGAGGAACCAGCUAAAGAACCAAUGCUAAGACAGCAGAGUUGUGAGGAAACACAGAGUGAAGACCUGCCAGAUCAAAUGGAGGUGGACUCGCUCUCUCUGAUGUCUGAAGACAAAUCGGAUGCGGGGUCGGUGACCAGUCUGGGCAACCUAUUCGAUGAGAGUGGGCUCCUGGAUUCGGAUGACGAAGCCGAUAAAACGGUGGUAGAGGUUCAAGUACCUGAUGAAGGUGCUUCAAAUUAA